GUGGACAAGCUCCAGCCAAUCGGGACGCGUCAAGAGGGAGGAGUGGGCGGGGCGUCGGGCGCGAGUGAGUUCCGGCCACCUCCUCCUCCUCCUUCUUUCCCAGCCGGCCUGGCCUCUUCACUUCCAGGAGAAGGGAUCCCUCCGCCCUUGGAAUCACCACGCAUAACGGCGGCGGCGGCGGCACGCAGCAACAGCAGCAGCAGCAGCGUGUGUGUGCCUCCGCCCACUGCCGACCGCGGGGACUAUUUGUCGUGCUAGUGGCGGUUAGAACCGGAGAGGCGGAGCCGGAGACGGGGCGCGGCAGCCGGGCGAAGGGGGUGGAUUGGCCGCGCGGAGGGGCAGGCGGCGGCAAAAAGCCAGGGGCAAGAAGGGAGGGGAGAGAGUGAGCGACGGAGGCGGGCUUUUGCCUUUCGCCCGGCCGGAGAGAGGGAUGGAGGGAGCCGAGCUGAGGCGGAGGGAGGGAGCCACCCCGUGAGGAGAAGAGAGCGGAGGAAAAGGAGGCGGGUGGGAGAUCCGGAGGAGGAGGCCUCCCUCGGCUCCUCAUCCGCAGGCCGGGCCUGGGCCUAGGCCCUCCUCCCUCCCUCGGUGGUUUCGGGGGGGGGCAAUUGCUCGGCGAGGCCCGCGCGCCCCCUUCACGCCGGGGGACGGGGCACCCCUCGCAGCCCCUCUGCCGCCACCGCCGCCGCCUUUCUCCCUCCCCCGGCCUGGCCCAUCAGUCCGUUGAGGAGGACCCUUGCCCCUCCCCCACCUCACAAGGGCCCCCUCCUUUUGCCCUCCCCAUCUCCACCCAGGCAGGGGCUUCUGCUGGGCUCCUCCCGCUCUUCGCCAUUCUCUCACCCCUUUCCCCCUCUCCCCUCAGGGUGCUUUGAUCUCGUUGUUGCCCCCACCGCCUCUGAGGUCCCCCCCUUUUUCUUUUUGCAGACUUCCAGGGGCUUCUCUCUCUUCCCCUCCCUGCUUUUUCAGCCCCUUGUCAUUAAUUUCGCUUCUGCAUUUCGCUCCCUUGUUAGCAAUCUGCUGCUUUGUCCUUUCUCGGUGGGGGCCUGUGCUACCUGUCCCCUCAGUUUUAGUGUCUGCACUGCCUAAAAAAAUAGCGCUAGGGCCUAUCCUCUGGGUCUCUCUAGGGUCCUGUCCUUUUCCUCCUUGGCAUUUCCCCCCCCAAAAGUGGCCCUCCUGUGCAAUCCAGUCUCUGUGGCUGCCCUCUGCCCAAGGGGGGGGGGUUCUGCUGCCGCUGGUGGCAGUAACUAGCAGCAUGGUAGAGAAGCGGUGCCCACAGCUGCAGAGAGAGAGUGUGUACCGCUGGUUUUCUGAGCUGCCCUCUCCUCAACGGGUGGAGUUCCUUUGUGGCCUGCUGGACUUGUGCAUCCCCCUCGAGUUACGUUUCCUUGGGGCCUGCUUAGAAGACCUGGCCCGCAAAGACUAUCACUCGCUGCGGGAUUCCGAAAUCAAGGCCAAUAACCCAGCUGACCUGGGUAGCCUCACCAACCUGACAGAUGAGGUGGUGCGCAGCAAACUCUUGGUCUCACUUGCUCUCCUGGGUUCAUCCCACCGCGAAGCGGCUGGAGUCCUCUUCCGCACCCUCACCCAUAUUGAUUCUGUCAUUCACAACUAUGGACUGCAGCUCAAUGAGGGCCGGACUGGAGAUGAGUUUUUGCUGCUCUUCACCAUGGCCUCCAACCAUCCUGCCUUCAGCUUCCACCAAAAGCAGGUGCUGAGGCAAGAGCUCACGAAGAUCCAGAAUAUCAUUGCCAGUACCAGCAAACGCCCCAGCACUCCUACAGCUAGCAACAUGGGAACAUGUCCUGGUUGCCACAAGGUCACCCCAAGAUCUGAAACCCCCAUAAACAACAUUGGUAACAGUUUAGAAAAUGCACUUCAUACAUCAGCACAUUCCAUUGAGGAGUCAUUACCCAAGAGACCUUCAGGGAAACACUCCAAAGUGAGUGUUGAAAAAGUGGAACUAAAAGGAUUAUUGCACAAGAAGAAUGACAGGAACAUUGAAUAUUCCUUUGAGGUCUUCUGGUCUGAUUCUUCAAUGACACUGGUAACAAAGUCUUCUGCUGAAGUGACUGAAUUCAUUUCAAAGUUAGGUCAAAUGUACCCAGAAGAAAAUUUGGAGAAAUUCAUUCCUUGCCUACCUGGCCCAGAUUCAUUUUACUUAGAAAGAAAUCACAUGGACCUGGAAUCGGACCUUAGGUAUUUGGCAUCGUUACCUUCCCAUGUCUGGAAAAAUGACCACGUCAAGAAAUUUUUCAGCACUUCAUCUCGCUCCCAACAAUUUCAGAAUUCAAGUCCAGGCAACACUUCCCUUUAUAAAGUAGGUACGACGCUGGGUGCUUCUGGAAGACCUAUCUGUGGUGUAGCUGGUAUCCAGUCUUCACAGAACAGUCUCCAGCAUCAUGUGCAGCAUCCAGCUGCUACGCCGGUUGCACUCCCCCACUGUGCUCACUCGGGUGGGGCUGGAUCCACAUUAACUUGCCGCUCCCAAUUGGAGAACUCUUCACCUGUAUUAAUGACUCCCAGUCCUCAGACCCCACAGGCCCAGGAACAAAAUGGGAUUUUAGACUGGCUGCGGAAACUGCGCUUGCACAAGUACUAUCCUGUUUUCAAACAGCUCACAAUGGAGAAGUUUCUGAGCCUUACUGAAGAAGAUCUGAAUAAAUUUGAAUCUCUCACCAUGGGAGCAAAGAAGAAGCUCAAGACCCAGCUGGAGUUGGAAAAGGAAAAGUCUGAAAAACGGACCCUCAAUCCAGCACCAUCCCCUUCUUUGAGCACUGGGGUGGCCAGAGUUCCUCCUACGACUCACAUUGGUCCUAUCCAAAGCAUUCGAGGCAACCAUACAGCAGAGUUGCGUGUUGAUGUGGAUCAGCCAACCUCCACAACCCCCCGAGAAGGAAGCUCUUCAGAAUACUCUAGCUCCUCCUCUAGCCCCAUGGGAAUCCAGACCCGGGAGGAGAGCUCAGACAGCGCUGAGGAGAAUGAGAGACGUUUAGAGGGCCUCCACUUGGAAGCUCCAGAGAAGGAGAAGCCAGUCAUGAUACUGAAUCACUUCAACUCCAGCUCAGCCAGACCCACCGCUCAGGUUUUACCGGUGCAGAAUGAUGCUGGGCCCAGUCCAUCCAGUCACCACCCCUUGCCAGGACAGAUGAUGACUGCAGGCUCCCCUCACAUCACCCCAAUUAGAAUACUAAACUCUAUGCACAAAUCAGAGCGAGGAAAUACAGACAUGAAGCUCCUUUCAUCAUCUAUGCACUCACUUUUGUCUUUAGAAGACAGGACAAAAUUUUCACCUGGGGCACCUCGAAGCAACAUCAAAAUGGAGAAGAGUUUUGGAAAUACUGUUGUGGAUGGGAUGCCGACUUCUUCCCAUCAACCCAUGCAAGUGCUGUCUGGAGUUUCUGAAAAUGGCUCCUCUACACCUUCAAUCAACUUUGGUCCAAGGACCAAAAUGGUACAUGCUUCCACCCUAGACCGAAUGGUAAAAACAACCCAGCAGCCAGGAAUUAUAGUGGAAGCAAGCACUGCGGCCACCGUAACCUCCAGCACUGUCUUCCAUGUGACAAGGCCCCCCAUCAAACUCCUGGUGUCGUCUUCGGUCCCUGCUGAUUCAACCAUUGUGGGGCAGUCUUCCUGCUCCAGUAAUAUGCAAUUUAGUGUGUCCCCAGCAAUAAUAAACCCCCGGACUGCUCUCUAUACCGCCAAUACCAAAGUGGCCUUUUCUGCAAUGAGCAGUAUGCCAGUAGCCCCAAUGCCCAGCAGCAGCUUCUGUGCAAAUAGCAACGCUGCUGCUUCGAGCAGUCACCAGUCCACAUCAUUUGCAAACAUGGCAAAUCUACCCAAUUGUCCCGCUCCCAGCUCUAGCCCCACGCUGUCAUCAGCUGCCGAGAACAAUUUCUACAAUAGCAGUAGUAGUGGUUCAGCCGGGAGCAUCCCAGUACCAAAUCAAAAUCACCACCACCACCACCAUCAGCAGCAGCCUCCUGGAUGCAUGGUGUGCAGUUCUUGUGGCUGUAGCGGGAACUGUGGCUCAAGUGGCAUGACGGUCAGUUAUGCUAAUUACUUCCAGCACCCCUUUUCAGGACCUUCAGUGUUUACUUUCCCAUUUCUGCCCUUCAACCCUCUGUGCAGCAGUGGCUACAUAAAUACACAACAGUACAACAGCAGUUCAGCUUUCCCUAUGGUUCACUCUCCUUACAAUGGUGGCAUAACACCAGACUCUGUCAUGAGCGGACAGUCGACGUUUGCAGUGCCACCAAUGCAAAGCUUUAUGGCCGGUACAACAGGGGUGUAUCAAGCACAGGGGAUGAUGAGCAACAACAGUGGUGCAGGCCAUAAAAAAAACGGGAAUCUCUCCUGUUAUAAUUGUGGAGCCAGUGGUCAUCGAGCUCAAGACUGCAAGCAGCCACCAAUGGAUUUCAAUCGACAAGGUACAUUUCGGUUAAAAUAUGCUCCACCAGCUGAAAGUUUAGAUUCCACAGACUGACAUUUACUCUGUGGACUUGAUAUUUUGUGAUGGCAAAAGCCAUGGAGUAAUUAGGGAACUUCAGAUUGGAAUCUGAGAAGUCCACUUGUUGAGCUUAUUAAUGUUAUUUUUUUAAUCCAAAGGUGCUCUACUUCACUACACUAGGAAGGAACUGAAGCUUAGGGGUUUAUCAAACCCAUUUUUACUGAUAUGCCAAAAUUAUAACAUGGAUCUUAAUACUGGACCUUCCAGAUGGUAGGUGAAACUGGCCAACUACCCUUUUUGUUGUAAACAAACUCCUGCACUUUUGCUGAAGAAUGUUGCCAUACUUCGAUCUUCUGUGCUGGAAACUCGAACUCCUGGGCAGCUAUGUUUGUAAUCUGGAGUGAGAGCUAGAGGUUGACGGUGCAGUAGCCAUUUGCCUGCUGGACUCUGGCAUUUUGAGACUAGGUAAACAUGUCUACUUUUUCUCAAAAACAAAUCAGGCACUACUCUCUGGGAUUUUAAAGGAUUGCACUACAGAAGAAUUAUAAUUCUAUCUGCACUUUUAGCAGACUGAGAUCAGUGCGAGAGACGUUCCAACGGUUGGAAAUAGGCACCAGCAGGCUAUGUGAACUUCUAAUAAAGAAAUCUUAACCCUC